CAUAGUGUCUCAUCUCCUUGGUUCAUUCAGCUUUCUGCCUGGAUCGCUUCUCCUAUGGAUCUUGUGAAUUACACUGUGUGUGGAUUAGCCCAGUGAGUCCAGAGGAUUUAAUGUUCUUGGGGUCUUUUUUGGAGGAUGCAUUGCAUAGCCAUAGGGUCCAGCAGCUACCCUGUGCAGCCUUGGAGCUGAUGAGCCUGGCAGCUUCUGUUAGUGAGCUGGCACUGCCAGUAACCAGGGGCAAGCAGAGGACUGCACCAGGGAGCUUCAUGCAGACAAUAGAUGUGAAAAAAAAAAUCUCAAAAGGCAUUAGAUGACCGUUUGGUUCUUGAGACAACGUAUUAACAGAGCACUGUGGUUCUAAACCAUAGAAGUCCUAAUCCCAAUGCUCCCAUGGUUGAGACUAUGACGUCUCCCGCCAAUGUCUGUGGGAACAGCACUAUAGUCACCUCUCAAGCAAGAGAUAAGAGUGUCUCAAGAACAGUAUCUGAAGGGAAUAACUAUAAUGGGGCAGAUGGCAGCAGUGAGAAAAGAGAGGACGAAGAAAAGUUAAAUUCCUCUAAGUUGACACACUGUUUGGCCCCACCAAAACAGCGAGGAAGCGCGAGUAAUGAAAGGCCUCAUUCUAUGGUCAGUACGAGCAACUCAUCAACAUGGAAUGCUUUAUCCUCCUUGAGAAAGAUGGGUUCUUUCAAAAAAUUAAAAUCAUCGGUUCUUCAAGGGAUUCAGGCAAAAGAAAAUGCAAAUAAUUUAAACAAUCAAGAGUCCGGAGGAGAUCUACAGAGGUGCUCUCCUAAUGAUGGAGGUGGAAGUUAUCAAAUGCCCUGUAGGUUAGUUAAUGCAAGGCCCAUGCAUGAAUGUUAUAACGUGAUGGAUGGUCUGCAGUCAGAUGGGUCGGACAUAGAGGAAACUGAUAACACCUUUUUGAGAAGUACUCAUCGAUCACGGAGCAUUAGACGUGCAUACGGUGCAGGUCGUAUAAACCUACUAGAUGAUAAAGUACGUUCUUGUCGUAGCCCUCAGGCCCUAUCUCCUGCUAGGCAAGAACAAAGCAUCUGCAAAAUCAUAGUGAAGGAUUCAGAAAGUAACCGAAUUGUUUACAGAAGGAGUAAAAGCACAGACAACCUGAACUUCCUCAAAAAAAGCUCAUUCAAAAGGAAAUCAACAUCUAAUCUUUCAGAUGUAAAAUCCAACAGUGAAAGAGAAAUUCUACAAAAGUCCAUGCUAAGCACUUCAGCCGAUUCUGAGCGUUUGGGAGGAACUCCGGAAAGAAGUUCAAAACGUUGGAGGAGUCCUAUUAGAGCAAAAGAUUUUGACCGAGUAUUAAAAAUUAUGGGCAAUGUCACAGAUGGCAAUCGGAAAAAAGAGCCAAAUAAGAGCACUUCUUUAUCAGCUGAGGGAACCCAUGGGAGCAGGCCUAACAGUCGAUUACAUGAUGAUUACUCCAGGAGGGUUUCUAGUAGUGCAGAGAAUGAGAGGAGAAGGUGCUUGUUUAACUCUCCAACAUCAGAGACUAAAUGUUUGAGUAGUUCCAACCUGUCCCAGGUUGAGAAUCUGGAACAUGACAUGAAUGUAAUGCCUACUGACCAUAAAACAUCAGAAGGCUGUAGUGUGUCUCCUACGUGUAGCAGCUUGAACCAGUUGGCCAAUGAGGUUUUUUAUUCAGACUCUGAGGAGCCUAAACACAUGAGCCAUUCAUUAUCCGAGAAUGGACUUCUUGGAACACCUCUGAGACCUACGGCACCAAAGCCUCAAAGCCCCAGCACGGAAUUGUACAAGUCUAGUAUCUCUAUCCAUUCCCCGAACCAUCUCAGCACUUUAUCCCUUAGCUCGAUGGAGAGUGAUGAAAGAACUGAGAUAGCACUCCCAAAGGUUGAUAGGAGCCCCUACUUUUAUAAAGACACCAAAAAGUCAGUGUAUUCUGAUGAUGGCAAUGAGGAUAGUGGAGUCAGCAGCCACUCUCAAUUGAGUCUCAAUGUCGUCAGUGAAGAAAAACAAGAGGAUGUUGUUCCUAUUGAAGACGCGUGGACAAAAGCCCCACCACAAGAUGAGGAAAAAGCAGACCAUCAAAAAUCACUCUCUCGAAAAAAGUCAUCCGGGAAAAGCAGGUCGCGACCAAGGCCACUUUCAGACUAUGGUCAAUUGGCCAUCCGUAGCUUUUCUAUCCCAGAAGACUCUGUCCCAAUGGAAACUCCACAGACUGAUAGCGGGAAGUGUAAAUUUCCCCUACGCUGUUUUAGUGAGGAGGAAAAGUUCCGCAAACAUAGCACUGAGUACCAAGGAAAUUAUAGAAGACGACCCAUUUCUGUUAUAGGUGGUGUCAGUUUUUAUGGCACGUCAGAAGAUGGAGAAGCUGGUGAUAUGCUUCAACAACCUGUACCACGACCUCCAGUACCGGCUCACAAAGUACCACCAUAUAGGGCAGUGUCUGCCCGCUUACGGCCUUACACCUUCUCUCAGAGCACGCCAAUUGGCCUGGACCGAGUCGGCUGCCAGAGGCAGGCUAGGAUCUCUAACAUUUCAACAGAUGGUGGUGCUGAGACUUCUGCUUUGGUUGAUGACAAUGGUAGCGAGGAUGAUUAUAACUAUGAUGACAUCUGUCAAGCAAAUCCAAGAUAUCUGCAGCCAGGAGGGGAACAGCUAGCCAUCAAUGAGUUAAUAAGUGAUGGCAGUGUGGUGUAUGCCGAAGCAUUAUGGGACCACGUGACAAUGGAUGACCAGGAGCUUGGCUUUAAAGCAGGAGAUGUCAUAAGGGUUCUUGAAGCUUCGAACAAAGACUGGUGGUGGGGGAGAAUUGGAGAUAAUGAGGCCUGGUUUCCUGCUAGUUUUGUCCGGUUGCGAGUCAAUCAGGAGGAUGUCUCUGAAAAUUCUGGGAGCUUCCAGGAUGAAGAACAAGAUGCUGAGGCCCGUACAUUCCGACACAAGAAUGCAGAAAAUAAAGAUCAAAUGAGAACGAAUGUCAUUCGGGAAAUAAUGAACACGGAACGGGUUUACAUCAAACAUCUGAAAGACAUCUGUGAGGGUUAUAUAAAGCAAUGUCGGAAACAUACAAGUAUGUUCACAGAAGCACAGCUGAAAACCAUUUUUGGGAACAUUGAAGAUAUCUACAAGUUUCAGAAGACGUUUUUGAAAGAUCUUGAAAAACAAUACAAUAAAGAGGAAUCUCACUUGAGUGAGAUUGGGGACUGUUUCCUUGAAAAUCAAGUUGGUUUUUCAAUCUACUCGGAGUAUUGUAACAACCAUCCAAACGCUUGUUUAGAGCUGUCAAACUUGAUGAAGCAUAGCAAAUAUCGACAUUUCUUUGAGGCUUGCAGACUGCUGCAACAGAUGAUCGACAUAGCUAUUGAUGGAUUUCUUCUGACUCCCGUACAGAAGAUCUGCAAAUACCCUUUACAGUUGGCAGAGUUACUUAAGUAUACGACACAAGACCACAGUGAUUACAACAGAAUAAAAGAAGCGUAUGAAGUCAUGAAGAAUGUCGCUUGUUUAAUUAAUGAGCGGAAAAGGCGCCUGGAGAGUAUAGACAAGAUCGCUUGCUGGCAGGUCUCUAUCGUAGGAUGGGAAGGGCAAGAUGUUUUAGCUCGAAGUUCUGAGCUGAUCCACUCAGGAGAAUUGACUAAGGUCUUCAAGCAAGGAAAAAGUCAACAAAGGACAUUCUUUUUAUUUGACCAUCAGCUGGUGUUCUGCAAGAAGGAUUUACUUCGCAGGGACAUUUUGUAUUACAAAGGUCGUAUUGAUAUGGACGAAAUGGAAUUUGCUGAUGUGGAAGAUGGGAAAGACAGGGACUUCAAUCUAAACAUUAAAAACGCGUUUAAAGUAGUAAACAAAGAGACAGAUGAAGUUCAUCUGUUUUGUGCAAAAAAACAAGAGGACAAGCUGCGAUGGCUGAAGGCCUUCGUUGAUGAGCGCAAAAGAGUGCAAGAGGACAAAGAUAUGGGAAUGGAGAUUUCAGAAGACCAAAAGAAACAAGCAAUGCACAAUGCUAAGAAAUCAAGGCAAGGCAAGAUGAAAGGUGUUACUUACAAUGGAUUUCCUUCUGUACCGUCUCAUCAAAACCUACAUCCGAUCCACCAACGGCACAUCACAGUCCCCACCAGCAUUCCUCAGCAGCAGGUAUUUGCACUGGCUGAACCUAAAAGGAAGAAUUCGCCUUUCUGGAACACAAUCACAAAACUUACACCAUUCAAGAAAUAAAGGGAACCUAAUUAUACCAGCUUUUAAAAGACAAGAAAAUUAGUGAAUCGGAUUUGGAAAGUUCCCCACAAAAAACAAAACCUGGACUUUUUUUUAUUUAUUUCUGAGGAUUUUUUUUUUUCUUGAAGAUUUGUGACAAAAAAAUUAAAUGAAGGGAGAAAAGAGAAAAUGAAGGAAGAAAAUUUGUAAAUGCUAUUUGAAGACUAGUAAAACUAAUCCAUUUCACAUCUUUAUUUGUAACGUUGCCAUAUGAAAAAUAUAUGAUUUUAUUUAUUAUUUUUUCAAGAGACAAAAUUUGAUGUUAAAAAUAUUUUAUUUUAAAAGCUUAUGUAAACCCCCGCUUUUUUAU